AUGUCCUACCAAUAUCCCAUCCCUUCCACUCCGAGAGUUAUCUCACCUUCCCCUACCCCUUCCGAGUCCUCCGAACGCCAGGACUCCUAUUUUGCGCCUGUCACACGAUCGGCCGCGAAAACCCGGCGACAACGAUCCCCUCAACCCGACCCCAUAAAUGAAGAGAAGGAUGGGUCCGGGUCCGACUCAAGCCUGGAGAAACGUGCCAGAGCGCGCUCUAGAAGUCCCAUCUUGACCGCUGCCACUCACAUGAACGGCUCGGCGAACACCAGCAAGAGGAGACGCAUGAGCGGCCUCACUUCGAUCAAACCGGUCGCUAAAUCAGAGCCCCUGACAAAUGGCACAAUCCCAUAUCCACAAUCAAACGGGCAUCUUUCACCCUAUGACCGAGUCAAGAAAUCCUGGCGAGAAUUCUCCCGCUCUCCUUCACCGCUUGGCCUGAUCCCACUCCACCGCCACUAUCGAACGUUGAUCCACAAGCAUGAAAUCCCGCGGAAGGUCCUCCACGUUUCAAUCGGGUUCUUUACUCUGCGCUUUUUUGUGACAGGCGUACAAACCUGGGCAAUAACGCCGUGGCUGUUGGGCGCGCUUGCCAUCAUCGCCCCAACUGACAUCCUCCGUCAUCACUCUGAACGAUUUAAUAGAUUCUACAUCUCAGUGUUGGGGGCGCUGAUGCGGGAAACUGAGGUGGAAGGAUACAACGGCGUCAUUUGGUACUUGGUCGGAGCAUACGGGGCGUUGCGAUUCUUUCCUAAAGACAUUGGGGUUAUGUCGAUUCUUUUGUUGUCCUGGUGCGAUACUGCCGCCAGCACUUUUGGUCGGUUGUAUGGUCGUUAUACCAUCCGUCUGCGCAAAGGCAAGUCUCUGGCAGGCUCCCUAGCCGCUUUUCUUACGGGCGUGCUCACGGCUCUCUUCUUCUGGGGUUAUCUGGCUCCGAGAACAGGCCCGUUCGUGGACGACCCCAUCCAACCUUAUAUGUUCCAAAACCGUUUGACCCUCCCCAGUCAAGUGAAGGGGCUCCUAGGCUGGGAAGCGAACCAGGGAGUUAUUGUCGGUGACGCCGCACUCGCGGUCAUGAGCAUUUGCACGGGGCUUAUCGCUAGCCUCUCCGAAUUUAUAGAUCUCUGGGGUUGGGAUGACAAUUUGACCAUCCCGCUCCUCAGCAGUGCCGGUCUUUGGUUGUUCUUGAGAGCGUUUGGGUAA